CGGUGCGCGGGCGGCCCCUCCCCUGCCGGCUGCGGGCGGGCGCCGGGAGCGGCUGGAGUUUCCGCGCGCGGGAGGGAGAUGUGGCCGCGGCUUGGGCUCCUUGCAGAUUUUUAACCAGCAUAAUGCUGGAGCAAGAAGCUGGCAACCUGCAGUUUUCAAAAUGGCUGAGCUGGACGCUGACUUGGUCCACAUCGUUCCAUCUUCCAUCCUUCCCCCUUUCUGGGCUAAGUUAGUAGUGGGAUUGGUUUCCCUCAUCUGUUUUGCACGGAGCUAUGAUGGAGAUUUUGUCUUUGAUGACUCUGAAGCUAUUGUUAACAAUAAGGACCUCCAAGCUGACACGCCUCUGGGUGACCUAUGGCAUCAUGACUUCUGGGGCAGCAGACUGAGCAGCAACACCAGCCACAAGUCCUACCGGCCUCUGACUGUCUUGACUUUCAGGAUCAACUACUAUCUAUCGGGAGGCUUCCACCCUAUGGGAUUUCAUGUGGUCAACAUCCUCCUGCAUGGUGGCAUCUCUGUUCUCCUGGUGGACGUCUUCUCUGUGCUGUUUGGUGGCCUGCAGUAUACCAGUAAAGGCCGGAGGGUUCACCUGGUCCCCAGAGCAUCCCUGCUGGCGGCACUACUGUUUGCAGUGCAUCCAGUGCACACGGAGUGUGUUGCUGGUGUGGUUGGCCGCGCAGACCUCCUGUGUGCCCUGUUCUUUUUGUUAUCCUUCCUUGGCUACUGUAAAGCAUUUACAGAAAGUAACAAGGAGGGAGCACAUUCUUCUACCUUCUGGGUGCUGCUGAGUAUCUUUCUGGGAGCAGUGGCCAUGCUGUGCAAAGAACAAGGGAUUACCGUGCUGGGUUUGAAUGCUAUGUUUGAUGUCUUGGUGAUAGGCAAAUUCAGCAUGCUGGAAGUCAUCCAGAAGGUGCUACGUAAGGACAAGUCAUUAGAGAGUACUGGCAUGCUCAGGAAUGGGGGCCUCCUCUUCAGAAUGACCCUCCUCACUUGCGGAGGGGCCAGCAUGCUCUACGUACGCUGGAAAAUCAUGGGUACGGGCCCGCCGGCCUUUACUGAGGUGGACAACCCAGCUUCCUUUGCAGACAGCAUGCUGGUUAGGGCCAUAAACUAUAAUUACUACUAUUCAUUGAAUGCUUGGCUGCUGCUGUGUCCCUGGUGGCUGUGUUUUGAUUGGUCAAUGGGCUAUCCCCUCAUUAAGUCAGUUGGUGACUGGCGGGUAAUUGCUCUAGCAGCACUCUGGCUCUGCCUAAUUGGCCUAAUAUUCCAAGCCCUGUGCUCUGAAGACAGCCGCAAGAGAAGAAUCCUCACACUGGGCCUCGGAUUUCUCGUGAUCCCGUUUCUUCCCGCAAGUAACCUCUUCUUCCGCGUGGGCUUUGUGGUUGCAGAGCGAGUGCUCUACCUCCCCAGUGCGGGAUACUGCAUGCUGCUGACCUUCGGCUUUGGAGCUCUGAGCAGACACACUAAGAAAAAGAAACUAAUCACUGCCAUAGUCCUUGGCAUCUUACUCAUCAACACUCUGAGAUGCGUGAUUCGCAGUGGCGAGUGGCGGAGUGAAGACCAGCUCUUUACAAGUGCCCUAUCUGUGUGUCCCCUCAAUGCUAAGGUUCACUACAACAUUGGCAAAAACCUGGCUGAUAAAGGCAACCAAACAGCAGCCAUCAGAUAUUAUCGGGAGGCAGUAAGAUUAAACCCCAAGUAUGUUCAUGCCAUGAAUAAUCUUGGAAAUAUCUUAAAAGAAAGGAAUGAGCUACAGGAAGCUGAAGAGCUGCUGUCUUUGGCUGUGCAAAUACAGCCAGACUUUGCUGCUGCAUGGAUGAAUUUGGGCAUAGUGCAGAAUAGCCUGAAACGGUUCGAGGCAGCAGAGCAAAGUUACUGGACAGCAAUUAAACAUAGGAGGAAGUACCCAGAUUGUUACUACAACCUCGGGCGGCUGUAUGCAGAUCUGAAUCGUCACAUGGACGCAUUGAAUGCGUGGAGGAAUGCGACCAUGCUGAAGCCAGAGCACAGCCUGGCUUGGAACAAUAUGAUCAUCCUCCUGGACAACACAGGUAAUUUGGCCCAAGCUGAAGCAGUUGGAAGAGAGGCACUGGAAUUAAUACCUAAUGAUCACUCUCUUAUGUUCUCAUUGGCAAACGUGCUAGGGAAAUCCCAGAAAUACAAGGAAUCUGAAGCUUUAUUCCUGAAGGCAAUUAAAGCAAAUCCAAAUGCUGCAAGUUACCAUGGUAAUUUGGCUGUGCUGUAUCAUCGCUGGGGACAUCUCGACUUGGCCAAGAAACACUAUGAAAUCUCCUUGCAGCUUGACCCCAUGGCAGCAGGCACCCAGGAGAAUUAUGGUCUUCUAAGAAGAAAGCUAGAACAAAUGCAGAAGAAAGAUGGCUGACCUUUUUCCUUUGUAUUUUGAGUUUGUGCCUGUGCGUGCAUGAGGCAUGUCACUAAUAUUAUGUACUUAUGUUUAACCAUUUAAUAUUCUUAGACCUGGUGUUUAUUUUACUAUAAUUUUUUCUAUGAAAACAAAGACAUGCAAAAAGAUUUUAGCACCAGCAAUAUACUCUUGAAUGCUUGAUAUGGUUUUUGCCUUGAAAUUGUAUUUUUUCAGACAACUCAGAUGUAAUUCUAAAAUCCCAAAAGUGAAACCUUUUUUUAGCUAAACAGAAAAAAGAGAAAAUAUUAUCUUGAGUAGCUUUUAUUAGCAUUAAACCUGUAUUUGAGAUGUGAGCCUUGUGUAUGAACUAGUAUUAUUAAAACUCACUUGUGACUAGGAAAUGACAGACUUGUACAAUUUAUAUAAAUAUCAAAUGUGUCUGUAUAUUAGCAUUUUUAUUUAAUGACAAAGUAAAUUAAGAUUUUGGGGUUUUAAUGGUUUUACAAUAUACCAUGAAUUUUGUUUAUAAGGAAGUAUUUAUUUGUAUUUUUAUGUAUUGAGCAAGGCAAAAAAAAUGAAAGAAGAAUUGAAAAUUUUAACAUCUGGUAUAUCUAGAUACUUUUUCCUGAAUAGGAAGAAACUGACUCCUGUAAUUUUUUUUUUUUGUAUUUUCCAACUUGUGCAGUUUUAAUACCAGUAGGUUAUAUAAUAUUCUGUAGAAACUGUCAGUGCUGAUAGGCUAUUCCAGCCAUGCCUUAGGCAAAAGUAGACAGCCUGCUGUCUUUGUUUCUGUUACAUUCUGUGUUAAGAGGGCUACACAUCUAUGUUGUGUUGUAUUGUUUUUAACUGGGAAAUGGUUUUCCAUUUUGCUUAAUGAUACUACAAGACAUUACUCUAUCCAAAAAAUGCAAGAGGUAAAUUUUCUCUCAAAAGGAAUCAUAUUUGGGGACUUUGUAAGAUUCUUAAGAAUUGGGUUAUUUUUCCUGUUUCAUUUCAUCAAAAUAGUCAUGUUUACUUGUUUUAUUUUUUCUCAUGUUGACCUAAUUAUGCAAUAUCUGUAAUUUCUUAUACAGUAAAGUUAUUACACAAGCUGUCAUGAAAGUGUCAUAUGAGCUCUUGUCAGAUGUUGUUGAGGUUAGUAAGCUUUUUUAUCCUCCUUUCCCUUAAAAUGGAAUCGAAGUGACUAACUAGUUCAUCCUUUCUGCCGUGUAACUUCUAUUUGACUUUA